GCUUUAGCCGCCCUGCCCGCAGCCGCCAUGCAUUGUGGGGCAGCAGUAGCAGAUCCAAGAUGGCGGCCAGCAGGAGGCUGAUGAAGGAGCUUGAAGAAAUCCGCAAAUGUGGAAUGAAAAACUUCCGUAAUAUCCAGGUUGAUGAAGCUAAUUUAUUGACUUGGCAAGGGCUUAUUGUUCCUGACAAUCCUCCAUAUGAUAAGGGAGCCUUCAGAAUCGAAAUCAACUUUCCAGCAGAGUAUCCAUUCAAACCUCCUAAGAUUACAUUUAAAACAAAGAUCUAUCACCCUAAUAUCGAUGAAAAGGGGCAGGUUUGUCUGCCAGUAAUUAGUGCUGAAAACUGGAAGCCAGCAACCAAAACUGACCAAGUAAUCCAGUCCCUCAUAGCACUGGUGAAUGACCCACAGCCCGAGCACCCCCUUCGGGCUGACCUAGCUGAAGAAUACUCUAAGGACCGUAAAAAAUUCUGUAAGAACGCUGAAGAGUUUACAAAGAAAUAUGGUGAAAAGCGACCAGUGGACUAAAAUCUGACACUAUUGAUGUCAGCAACGUGUGUUAGAAGAUCCGGAGCAGUGCAUUUCAGACACACCACAAAGCAGGACUCUAUGGAAAAUUGACAAGUGCCACCUUUUGGUGUUUACUUGUGGCUGUUACUAACUUUCUACAGUUUUCUUAAUCAAAAGUGGUCUAGGUAACCUGUAAAGAAAGGAUUAAACAUUUAAGAUGUUCUAGUUCUGCUUUCUUUGUUUAAAAAUCACUGCUUCAGUAUACUUUAAAGGAUGCUGUUUCUUUUUCUUGUCAGAAUUUAUCAAAAAUAUCUUAGACUUAUAUUCUGCCCUUAAAAUUCAAAAGGUUGUGGCUGUUAUUUCUUCUUUUCCCUUGCAGUUCCCACUAUCGUGCGUUCAUUUAAUUUUUCAUUUAAUUUUCUUCCCCCAAACUGAUGUCUUAGAAAAUAUAUUCCUGUCCUGACAGAAAAUGGUUGAAUGUUUGGCAGUUCUGUUUACUUUUCUCUUUAAAUGUUGCACUGUGCUUUGUGGAACUUAGGUUGCAAGUUCCCCUUAACUUCAGUUUGUAACAUCAAAAACAAA